ACCGGUUGGUAGGUUCAGCUCCGGGUUCUGGUCGACGCUCUUCGAUCGACAGUCGCACACAGGAAGUCAAUAUAUUCAGGUGAACGCUUUUAACAUGUCGAGUUACCUGUUUCGUACCUGGACUCUUUCGAUACCAUAUUAAAAAUGGAGUCGUCAGAUUCCAAGCGAAACAUCCAAGACAUGUUGCUGAGAAUAACCGAGGGAUUGACGUUCCAACGCUAAUGAGGAGAUAAAAAUAUUAUUAAAUAUAAUGACGCUGCUUAAUCUUUUUUUGGUCUUUAUUUUGGCGGUCGGGAUAUCGGAGGCGACGCUGGACCCCGUGGGGACCAAAUGCGGGGAAUAUAGAUGCUCAACUUCCGAGUACUGCAGUCGUUUCGACAGCCAGUGCAAGCCGUGCUCGUCUAUUUGUGAUUCUAAAUCUCAUAAUCGGCAGCUUGAUCUUUGUGUCACAGAUUGUCAAGAGUACCUGCACGACCAGAGAUACGUACUACGUGCAGAGCCGGGACGAGAUGAGAACUUAAGAGAUGUUCAACGGCUGGGAUCGCUGGUUAAAAUUUCCCUGGCGCUAACGCUGAUAACGAUCCUCGCGAUAAUAAUCUUCCUGAUACAAACAGUCGUUAAGUUCAAGAGGAUCCGUUCCGCACUGGAGAAGCUUUUCGGGAAAAAGUGGGCCAAGAACAAUAACAACAAAGUAAGAACCGACGUCGAGGCUGUUACCGUCGUCAAGCCAGCGUCCAACGCGGUGAUUUCGACCUUGCCGACGAUAAGUGCUGCAGUUUCCCCGCCGUCUUCGGCCUCCCAGGGCUCGGACAGUAAGUCUAAUUCUAACGGGUCUUCUACACCGGACACCACCAGCACUAAUGUAUCCAGAAAGUACGCGAGCGAGGAUACUACUCUAGAAUUCGCGUAUGACAACCCCGCGAUGACACCCUCCCCAGAAAAUCUUAAGGAUAAUUUUAAGUCCAAACAUGAAAGCUCAUUUUAAAUUUUUAGAAUUUAUAUUCAACUUUUUUACAUUCCAUUUUAUUACAUCGGUACUGUGAUUAAAUUUUUAUUAUUAAAUAAUGAAU